AUGCACAACUUAGUUCCUGUUGAGGAAGUGCAGGAAUCGCCCCUAUUGGACUUGCCGCUCGAGAUCCGAUACCAGAUUUAUCGGACGCUAUGGGGAACGGAAACGCAUUUGUUCCUACAUGACGGCAAAUUACAGAUCAUGGAGUGUCUUGGCGUGGACGACACAUCUGACAGACGACCCGAGUAUAACACCCGAUACGACGACCCGCAAUGGGUGCGUCGGAUUGGCUCAAAUUGGGGCUGCCACUGGAGAUGCGAAGAGAGGUAUUACGACGGUGAAGACCAGAACAAGGCCGUUCAUAUGCCCCUUCUUCCUCUGCUGUUGUCAUCAAAGGCGUUAUCCUCGGAUGUUCUCGGUUUCCUCUCUCAACCGAAACAAUCCAUCCAUCUCACCGACCUCGAGACUAUCGAUCUGAUCAUACCAGCCACACUUCCACAGAAGCCCUCAAAGACUCUGGGGAAAUCAACAACACACGAGAUGAAACAAUACCACAUGUUCAAGUCCCUGCGCAACAUCAACCUCACAUUGCGACUUCCCAUGGCCCUUGUCAACACUCUUUUCGUUCCCUUCUUCUCAAAGAUGGAGCAACUGAAGACGCUUCCAAGACCCGGCGGCACACCGGAAGGCAGCGGCUGCCAAAGUGAGUACGAUCAGUGGAUGCGAAUCUGGCCCAGCCUCGAGAAAAUGGACUCGUUGCUACGGGUUGGUCUGUGGCUCGACCACGACACGGAAUUCUGCUGGGGAGAUGUCUCCGAAACGCAAAUACUGCAGGGUCUAUCGGGUAUCAUGCCCAUGUUGAGAAGUCGCAAUGUCCAAGUCAACGUCAACUUACCGUCACUUCUCAAACCAUAUGGUGAAGAGGAUGAUCACUUUAUCGACGUAACUCCUGAGUUCCAACUUCAAAGACGAACACGACUGCCUUGGAUCGUAAGCUGUUUCUCGGCCUUGGGUUCCUCGACUUUGGAGAAGAAGGUUGCGUGGGUGGAUAAUAGGGAAAACGGACGGCCGCCCCCUCAUGUUCCCAAGGGUCAAUAUAAACAUGCUCAGAACGAUUGGUACAUAUUUCAUGUACUCGGCUACGACACUGAGUGUGACGAGUUUGUAUACCACCCACUCGUGGGCUUGGACUUCACUGAUGGCAGCUUUUGUAUGGUUUAA